AUGAGUCCUGCGAACACCCACCUCAAUAGUAGUGGAAGAGGUUUCACUAUUCUCUCGUUCUCUCUCUGUGCACUCACAUACUUCUCUUUCUCAUUGUGGCCGCUUCUAGCAGCAGCCCAUACACCUCUUCAUCCUCCACUACGUUUAGGCAGCAGCAGCAUGAGUGUCCAUCAUUAUAAGCCUGUAUGGGGCUGGAGAGUGUACUUGUCCAUGCCAGUGGGAUCUCAUCACAGCAGCAGAGUGAGAGGCACACCGUACAGCUUAAGGAACAUCGUCCAUAACGAUCAACGCAGCAUCGGGAAUGUUAUCACCAACACCAUAAACAACUGUGAUAUCCACAGGCACCAAAAACACCAAUGA